CGCCGCCAGCCCCCUUCCAUACCCCGUCGUCUGUUGGCACCCAUGUACCCGCCGUCUGUUGGCGCCCAUGUACCCGCCGUCUGUUGGCACCGAUGCGCCCACCCUGCCGAGUGAUGACGGCCGAGCCCAGCACGAACAACCCCCGGGUCAGGACACGCGCGCCACGGGCCUGCACACAGUGUAGCCAGCGCAAAGUGCUGUGCGACGGCGUGGAAUGCGGCAUUCCUUGCAGCAGAUGUCGUGCCAUGCGCAACGUCGAGUGCACCUUUCUCCCAUCGCGCCGGGGCACGUACCCGCGCAAGAAGAAGGUUGGCUACGACGCGCACCAGCCCGGAUGCAACGAACCCACCGCGCGAGCCGUGGGCUUGGGCACGGGCGUAGGCCGUGCAGGCGACCUCGACAGCGCGUGCGCGACGACAUCCGUCCCUCGAUGGCAGGCCGACGCCGGGCACGCGCAUCGCAACGGGUCUGAGUCUCCGGCGCGUGGAGAGCCGCGGGAUGCUCCUCUGCGGACGUCGUCCCUCGCCGCCAUGUUCGAAGAGUACCUGGACAGCCAGCCACCGCCCAACGAAAGCGUACUGAGCAAGCGCGGCGUCAUCUUCCUCGCCGACUCAUCGCCCCUGACCUUUGCCCUGGGGGAGCUCCCACGUGACAAGACCCUGCACAACGUGAGCUCACGCGUAACCAACACGGCGUCCGAGAGCGAGGAGGGCUUGGCGGGCCCGCAGGGCAGUCCUCACCCUGUCCACAUGUCCGCCGCGGACAUUGCGUAUCUGAAAGCGAAAGGCGCCUUUGAGAUGCCGCAAGACGAGCUGCUCAGCGCUCUGGUCGGCGCGUUCCUGGACAAGUUCUGCACGCUCUACUCCAUAGUCAACCGAGACAAGUUCGUGCAGCUGUACGAGCAGCAGAAGCUUCCUUGGAUCCUGAUGCAUGCCGUAUGCUUCAUCGGAGCGACGUACUGCGACCAGGCCGUGAUACAUCGGUCGGCGAUGCAGUCCAGAUGGCACGCCCGCCGCUGCUUCUACGACAAGGCAAAGGUUCUCUUUGACCUUGGAUACGAGACGGACAAGAUCAUCCUCCUCCAGACAGUGCUCCUGCUCACCUUCUGGGGCCCGCAGAUGAAGAGCUACUGGAAUCCAUGCUCAUGGAUCGGGUUCGGUGUCACAAUAGCAGAUUCUUUGGGCAUAUAUAAGUCCAACUCGUCGGCGCACCAACCUCCCGCCGGCCGGAGCCUGCUCCGACGACUAUGGUGGACCCUGGCCGUUCGCGACGCAUACUGUGCCGCGCUGUUGGGACGACCAUUUAGGAUCAACAUGGCGCGGUGUGACACAGAACCUCUGAGCAUCGACGACUUUUACCCAGAGGAUGGCCAUGAUCAGGCAGCCGCAGCAGCAAGGGCAGCAGAGAGCACUUACGCCGGCGCUCAAUGUCAGAUCCAAAUUGCGAAACUCUCGCUCAUAUUGCGACAGAUUAUGCUGUCAAAGUCUAACGGCAAGUACGACGCUCAAGUCAUCGCCAAUCUGCACAGACUUCUGGAGCAGUGGCAGGCCGACCUGCCUGCCGCGGUAGACUGGCGGACGCCUGGCAAUGCCACCAAUCUGUGCGCAAUGAGCCUCAAGAUUAUUUUCCAUCAUCACCUCAUAGUCAUCCAUCUUGGUGAGCCGCCUUGUGGUUCACCCGACACCAACAGCCAAGUCGAUAUGGACAGUCUAUCGAUCAAGUUGGCCGAGUCUGCCGCUCAGACGAUUGCAUCUUCCGCCAUCGCACUCAUGACAGGCUCCAUGGUGGGCAAUCUCCCCCAUGAAGUAUUUCCCGGUUUCUUCAUAGCAGGGAUUGUCUUCUAUAGGCAAAUGAAGAACCAGAACGCCAUGCUGGCCCAGCUGGGACAAGCGGCACUGGACAACUGUCAGAUGGUUAUGAACGAAGCACGAGAUAACUGGGACGCCGCGCAGUGGGCUUUGCGGAUUUUCGACUUCCUCCUCUCGAAAACGGACCGGAUCGAAUCCCAACGUGAUAAGGCUUGUCAGCAGCUGCCGAAUGCUCCGGCGCAUGACUUUGCCAUGUCACGGGACAUUACGGAAAUGGACACCCCCGCCGGACAGCUAGAUGCUGCAGCUGUUGUCGGCGGUGACAUGUCGGCUACUAUCGAUCUGAAUUCGUUGCCGAAUCAGUAUUUUAUGGAAACGGUAAACGACAUUUUGCUCAUGCCAGACUACUUCAUGACCGCAGCGGAGUUUGAUUUCAGCGUGCCUUAUUAGGUCCAAUAACUCGUGGGUUUUGAGCCUUAUCAGAAAGCUCCGUGUUUUACUUGUCCGCGCUCACAUUUUGAUCUUUGAUUGUCUACAUCCUUUAGGAAAACA